AUGAUGGAACUGCACCGCGCGUCCUUCGUGGAGUGGCAACCGACACCAGUCGUUUCCGUAAAAGCGACGUCACAUUUUUUCGGAGGCAAGUGCGUCGCAUUAGCGCGAGAAAAUGGAGAUUUAGAGAUGUACGACGCGCACUCUUGGCGUCUGAUUGGACGAGUUCCCGGGAAAGACGGAGAUUCCAUCUCUCGCUUAGAGUGGGUGCAACCGUUUCGAGUGGACGGCGUUUCCGAGGAAGAGUACGAAGAGCUCGAAGAAGAAGAAGGAGAGGAAUCGUUAAUAAAAUCGAGCGGUGUCGGGUCUUCCGAGAAGGCUCGCUUGGUUUCGGUGGCGUUAGACGGUACAGUCACCGAGUGGGAUUUGAACCAGUUGAAGCCACACUCGACGUGCGAAUCGCACGGCGGGUCGAUUUGGGAUUGCGCGAGCGAACCGAUGGAGGCGGUGAAACCAGGACAACCGCAGCGAUUAGCCAUCGCGUGCGACGACGGGUGCGUGAGGUUGGUGAUUUCCAUGGCGAAGAGUGCCGUUGGAGGUGGCUUGAGGCAUAAAGAAGCGUUGCCGAAGGUGAGCGGGAAAGUGUUGUCGGUGUGUUGGAACAAGGACGGGACGAGGAUCGCGGCUGGGACGAGCGAAGGGAGGAUUCACGUGUUUGACGUCGAAUCGAAAAGAGAAAUUGAAUGCGUUUUGAUUGGGAAUCAACCUCCGAAACACGCGAAUAAAGAGAGACACAGAAAUCCGAAUAGUUUGAAAAAGAAACGGAAUCGAGGGGGAUCGAACGUUUCCGCGAAAAACCACGAUCCGACGUGCGUUUGGAAAAUGCUCUAUCUUCCGGAUGACACUUUAGUCACCGCGGAUUCAGAUGGGAACGUCACGUUUCACGAUUCGCGAUUUUAUACCGUCUUGAAACGAUUCUCGUCGCACGAUGCCGACGUGGUCGCUUUGGCGGUAGCCCCGGACGGGAAAAUAGUCUUCGCCUCUGGCGUGGACCAUAAAAUAGUCGCGUAUGAGAAUUUAGACGACCUCAAUCGAAACGAUAAAGGAUUCAACGAGUGGGUGCAAACAUCCAUGAAACGACCGCACACGCACGACGUAAAAUGUUUAGAAAUGGUUAGAAACUCGAAAGUUCCCGGCGGUGUAUUGCUUUCCGCUGGAGUAGACGCGCAAUUGUUAGCGCACCGCGCUGAUGCGUUCGGUAAGAAACACCCGGUUCGGGUCGUCUCGGUGCCGAGGAAAACGCCGAUCGCGGUGACAUCUACCGCCAUGCACACUUUCAACGAGAGCAGUUCGACGACCACGCCGGUUGGGACGCCUUCAAAUGGCAAUGACGUGUUGAGCGAGCGGUCCGCGGGGUUCAAGUUCCCGGAUCCGCCUUUAGCCAUGUGCGAACACGGAAGAUACGUGGACGUCUGGAAACUCGGCGAGGCUUUAGGAACGACAACGACAACAACAAAUAAUAAUAAUAAUAAUAAUAGCCAGAACCAACAGGAAAACCUGAACACUUCCAACGCGAGGAAGAAGCAACGCACAGAAAACACUCAGAAUAAGAAGAAUCGUCAACUUUUACGAUCGGCGCCGGAAUGCGUCCUGCGUCUUUUCGUCUCCGGUCGACACUCGAUUCUCUGUUCAGCGAUAUCGCCAGACGGGUGUUGGGUCGUACUUUCUGAUGCCGUUUCGCCACCACGAAUAUUUGCGAUUCGUGAACCGAACAGUAAAGAGAAAAAAGAAGACAUGAACUCAGACGACGAGGAAGAGGAGGCGUUCUUUGACGGCGCGACGGAUGUCAAACGCAAGUCUGGUUGGCGCGCGAAGAAAGUCGAGUUACCGGAGGAAAUUACGCGACCGGCGGCGCACUUGUUGUUUACCGCGGAUGCAAAGAGAUUGAUAAUUGUUUCCAUCAGGGGCCCGAUUAAGAUUAUUGACCUUGAAAAUUGGGAGGUUGUGGGUACUCUGAGAGCGCACAUCGCGACGAAAACCGCGACGCAGCGAGCGUUCGCGAAAGAAUCCGGAAGAAGACGAUCACACAAGUCUCGUACAAACGUCGGUGGAUUUGAAGGAGGAGAAUGCAAUAUGGUUACCGCCGAUACGGUUGGAUGCCCCGCGGUAACAAAUAUUUGUUGCAGCGGCGACUCGCAAUGGCUCGCCGUCGCUUCCUGUCGCGCACCAAACGUCGUCAGCGAUGCCGACAAUGCGUUUUCUGCCAACGCCAACGUCGGCGGCGUCUUCAUCUACUCAAUGGAUGCGAUGAAACUCCACUCGCGUUUACCUCCACCGUUGAAUAUGGAUUCGUGGUCGGCAAUACACGCGAUGGCGUUUAAUGAAACCAGAGUAUUAGCUAUAGCGUGCGGCACGUCCAACUCCUUGUGGACGAUUGACGUUGAAACCGGCGAACCGUUGCCGUGGAGUUUGAACUUGGCGAAAAGAAACGCGCACGCCCCGGAUGCUUUAUACAACACGCCCGGUCAAAUUUGCGGUUUAUCGUUCGCCAUUGGCGGUGGUAGCGAAAAAGGGAUAGUUUCUUCCAAGCGGGGAAAAUCUGCAUCCUCAAGAAAGUCAACCGCCGCCGCGAACAAAGACGCCGGUCUACCCGAGCUCGUCCUCUUCGCGCACACCCCGAACGCCAUCGCUCGCAUCAAUCUCCGCUCUAAAAUCACCGACGACUGCGUCCUCUCCAAACUCGGCAAAUCGAAAGUCUUGACCGGUACGGCCAAGAAAAAACGCCGCCAGCGCGAAAAACAACUCAAGGAAAAGCAAGCCUCCCAACGCGUCGACGGCGCGAUCGAACUUCCCGGCGGUGUCCGCGCGGUCAUAUUAAACGACCCGUGCUUAUUUUUCGGAAACGUCGGAAAAGAUAAGGCACUGUUAGUCGAGCGACCGUGGGUGGACGUGUUGCGGAAGAUGCAAAAGCCGCUCUACAGGCACAGAUUCGGUACUUGA